AUGUCACUGGCAGCGCCUCACAAACGGGGCGCUGUGCGUGGCUUGGGCAGAGCAGCGCGAGAUGGUGUGCCGCCCUGGCCCGGAGGCGCAUCAUCGGCACGCUCAGCUCGACGAGCCCCACCGCCAUCAUCGCGAGCAUUCAGCUCCAGCAGCGGUGCUUCGUCAUCUCAAGCUUCUCAACGCGGCGCAAGUCAAUUUCUCAACAGGAGAUUCUUGGGUAUUCUCAGGCACGUCGUGCUGCCAGUGCUGAAGGGCGCCUACCUACCCUUCACUGGCGCCGCAUCUUCCAGCGCUGCUGCACCCAACUGCGCACACCUCGCUCGCACACCGUUCAACCCCACUGUGCAUGGUGCUGUGGGCGCCAGAUUCUUUGGCGCUUCCGUACGCGCUCGCGUACGACCUUCGCCAACUGUCUCGGCGCUCAAACCCUCUUUGACGCACGGUCCAGGCCUUCAGACUGCGCGCAACUUCUCUAGCGGCGGUGGAGGCGGGCGCCUGUUUGGCGAUGUCUUCACCAACGCCCCUCUGGCUUUCAGAGCCGCUGUCGAUGAGUUGGACGAUGACUUGUCUCUGUUCGGAAAAGCAGCCAAAGGUAAGGGCAAGGCGCCUACGAUCAGCGCUGCCACCGCCCGCCGCGGUACUCGUCGUUCAAGCCCUGCAGCGCGCACCAAGCAUGCGGCUCAAGCUUCGGCUCGGAUCAGUGCCAAGUACGCUGCUGAACAGGGUGCAGCUAUCCAGGACGUGUCAGCCUGCUGCUCAUGUGACGGUGACAGCAGCAGCAGCAGCAGCAUCUGCAUGGAAAAGGACAACAUCGAGCAGACGUACAAUCAGUACUUUGCUGCCGCACCACGUGUCGCCGACAAGACCGAUCAAGCCUCUUGCGGACCUUAUCGUGACACGUGUACUAUCUUGCGUCUACCUGCCGAGCCGGAUCUCGACCUCUUUCAGCUCCUUCUCGGUCCGAUGACGGAUUUGGCGAGCGAAGAAGAUUCGACGCAUCCGCUCGAUCGGCGCACUCUAUCGGUCAUGCAGAGCUACUCCGAAGCGGCAGCUCAUCACCGCCUCCUAAUCUCCAGCUUGCAGCGUCUGCUCAAGCGAGAAGGUUUGGACCCGGACUGGGUCAUUUGCGCGGAUGACGUUGCCGCGCACGGGCGAGCCUUCGAUGUCAGCUUUGAUGGAUGGCGUGCGGAAGAUGUGCGACGCAUGCUUCUUGCCGAAUUUGGUGUUCGAAGAGGUGGAGAAUUGUCGCGCUUCUUGUUCGAGCAGAAGCAGACUGCUGAUCAGGCACCAGAAAAUGCGUCUCAUGCGGGCUUGGACGAUCUUCAUUCCCCACCCCGAAGCACGGAAGAUUUUGACACGGAAUCGCAACUCAGUCCGAACAGUGAGGCUAUCUCACUCUCACCAUCACCUUCCGAUGCGCACGAUAUAGCUCAAGACGUCGCUGAAUUUGGAGUGGCAUCUCAAGUCAGCUUUCAAGAUCAUGCCGAUGCGCACUCCGAUCGGUGGGACAUGCCAUCGCGGUCGAUGACCACCGAGCACGCGAUGGCUAAUGGGCUAGGCCUGGACUUGGUGAUGCCUACUCUGAGUUUCGAGCGGGAGAACGGUCCUGCAUCGUUCGUCGGCUCAAUCUCUCUUUCUCGCGCAUCUGCCAGCUCAGAUCUGUCCACCGGAUGA